UUCCUGUACCGUCUCGCUCAAAACCCAUUUCUGCUUUUAUCGGUUCAUUGUUACUUCUCAUUACAGAUACAGAAUGGCAUCCCGUGGCUGUAUUGAUCUCAUCAAAUAUUUCCUAUUCCUUUUCAAUCUCCUUUUUGCUUGUGUGGGCGCCCUCCUUCUGUCACUUGGGAUAUGGAUAGUCCUUGCUGAGACAAGCUUCUUCAUGCCUGCCCCUCCCUAUAUGUCUUUUCCUGUCUUCUCCUAUUUUCUGAUCAUUGGUGGAAGUGCUACGAUGUCGUUGGGCUUCAUUGGGUGUCUGGGUGCAUUGAAGGAGGUGAAAUGCAUGUUAGGAAUGUAUUUCUUCCUGCUCUCCAUCCUUCUUGCUGCUCAGAUUGUGGGAGCGGUUCUGCUCUUCACUCAGAGGACUUCAUUUGAAAGCAAAGUCGAACAGCAUGUCCUUCAUCUCAUUGCAUCAUUUGGCAAGAAUGAGUCCAACUAUCUGAACUUGGAGAAGACUCUGGACUACGUUCAGCGGGAGAUUCAUUGUUGUGGAUGGACAGGACCAAAGAUCUGGGUGGAGGCACCCUGCUCCUGUUACCACCCCAUCAAUAACACCCAGAAUGCCUCCAAUUCUUAUGAAAUGUGUGACUGCAAUGACAUCCGGCCUUUUUCAAAUUACACAGCGUGUGACAUCUAUCAAAAUGGGUGCAGAGAGAGUAUUAGAGAGUGGUUGGACGAGAAUAUGCUCAUUAUUUUUGCCGUGCUACUUGCUGUGAUGGCGGUGGAGCUAUGUGGUAUGACCCUUUCGAUGUGUCUGUAUAGAUGGACCAGCCUGGAUUACAGCAUGCUGAUGCAAUACUCAAAGUAGGACAGAGUGCUGCAUAAACAUCUAUGAAUGAUAUAAUUUGUGUUUCUAUGUUUAUAAAGCGAAAUAAAAAAUAGUUGCAUUAUU